AUGAAAAGAACUGGACGACUAUCAACAAGUCAGCUCAGCCUAAAAGAAAUGAUUGACGCUCUAGACAGAGAUGGCCUCCUAAAUGAACUUCAAACCCUUUUGUCCAAAGUUCAUACCAAGGUUUCAACUCUAAAAGGAAAUAAAAAAGAAGCCCUAAUGAAUUUGCUCGAUCUCCUCGUCACAAAAGAAUGAAAAUCAACCACAACGGCCUCUACAGAAGCUGAUGAAACCCCAGUGCGGACUCCCAUCUAUUCAGCCCAGCAAUCUCCUAUCAAUUCAAGACCAGGGACCCCUUCGAACUCCAGCUUAAGCUUACUGAACCUAAAACACAGAAGAAACGCCUCCAUCAGUGAACUGACUGAGACUUAUGUGAAUAACCACAAACUUUUUGAAGAAAAUCAAAAAGAAGAGCUCGAUUAUUUGGUGAUUUUAACAUAGAGCGAAUUUUCACAUCCGAAAAUUGCACUUUCAUUUCCGAAAGCAAAAAGAGACUUAUUCCCUCCGUGAGCAUGUAAAACCAUUGGAAAAAUCCUUAAUUUUAUGGGUAAAAUCUACCUCCGAUAGAGAACAAAAGUUUUUUAAUAUAAAUUUUUUUUUAUGAAAAAAAUAUUUUCAUUUAUAAGUGAUAAUUGUUAUAAUGAAAUCUAUAGCUAAUUCUGUUUAUCUUACAUUUAAAAGAUAAAUCUUGAAAAUUAAAUUAAUUUUUACGAUUGGGAUUUUUUAAAUUUUUAAAGCAAAAUUUAUUAUGGUAUUAUAUAUAAAUGUCUGAAAAAAUUAACUCUCUGUUAGCUAACCAAGUUUUUUGUUCGCUCACGAAAGGGGGGAGUUAGGAGAAGUCAAAGACGUGAAUCCUGGGCCUGGGUCUUACAACCCUAAAACAGUGCUCAUAGAAGAAUCAACCCCAGGCUCAGUUAUCCCUAAAGGUGGGAAGCGCUUUGAGUUCAAAGUAUCAGAAACCCCAGGACCUUGCUAUUACAAGCCAAAGCGCUUUUUUACUUCAAAAAGAUAA